AUCAAUUUAGUUAAAAUGGGCCCAGAGUUUUUCUUGAUUGGUCAAAUAUUUGUGUUGAUAACUGGCGCAAGUAAAGGAAUUGGCCGUGAAUUCGCUAUUACAUUUUCUCAAAUAGCAGAACGCAAUUCGCACUUUUUACUGAUAGCGCGUAAUGAAACUGGAUUGCAAGAAACAGUUAGUAAAAUGAGCAAUCGUGUCAAUGUUGAUUACGUUAGUAUGGAUUUGUCUAUAAUACAAGCAGAUCAGUUAGAAGAUAUGAUUCGGAAACGUAUCAAUCCGGAAGAAUAUGAUAGUGCUAUUAUUAUCCAUAAUGUUGGAUCAACUGGUGAUUUAAGUCAGUUGACCGAUGAAAUGAAUGAUUUUCGUGUUUGGAAAAAAAUGUAUGAUUUGAAUGUAUUUUCAUCAGCUGUUUUAAACUCAGUAUUCAUGGAAAUAUUCAAUCACAAAGUUAAAGCUAAAAAGUUAGUUAUUAAUAUGACUUCUAUUGCCUCUAAAUUGCCUGCAAAGUCAGGUGCAUAUUAUUGUUCUGCAAAAGCUGCACGUGAAAUGUAUUUUAAGGUCUUUGCUAAAGAGUUUCCAGAAGUCAGCGUUUUGAAUUAUUCUCCAUAUCUCACUCAAACUGAUUUGUUGAAACAGCUAGAUGGAAUAAGAAGAACUGUAGAACUGCCUAUUUUUUCAAUGAUAUCACGACUUGCAGGAUUAAUAUUAACGCCGAAUCAAGUAGCUGAUCGUCUUGUUGAAAUUAUACGGGGUCAAAAGUAUAAGUCAGGCGACUUCAUCGAUUACUAUGAUCCAAUAACUUCUACAAUACUUUUGACAGGUCAAAAGUUGCAUAUCAUAUAAUAAUAAAAAUUAAAA